CAAAGUCUACCUGCCACACUCACAAGUGACCUGUCCCGGUGUGCGUUAGAAGAGAUCUUCAGGGCUGGCUGCUGCUAACUGCAGAGAGCUGAAGUAGGUACCCAACACAAUGAAGAAGAUGGCUUCCCCUACUAGUCUGCUAUCAGAGAAUCAGUUCCAGUGUUCUGUCUGUCUGGAUGUGUUCACUGACCCAGUCACGACCCCAUGUGGCCACACCUUCUGCAUGGCCUGUAUCAGAGGGCUCUGGAAGAUCAGUUAUGGCUGUAAGUGCCCAACCUGUGAGAUAACCUUCACAGUUAGGCCCCAAAUUAGCAUCAACGUUGCAUUCAAAGAAAUCACCGAUCAAUUCAAGAGGAUUCAAGUUGGCAUCUCAAACCUAACUGUCGCUAAGCCUGGUGAGGUGGCCUGCGAUGUCUGUACCGGAGGGACGAUCAAGGCCCUCAAGUCCUGCAUGGUGUGUCUGACCUCUUACUGCGAGCCUCACCUGGAGCCUCACAAGAGAGUUGCUACGCUGAAGGUCCACAAACUGAUUGACCCUAUGGAGAACUUGGAAGAGAGGAUGUGUAAGAAGCACGAGAAGCUCCUGGAGUCGUUCUGUAAGACCGACCAGAUGUGUGUCUGUCAGUUCUGCACCGAGACGUGCCACAAGACUCACCACACCGUUGCUAUAGAGGAGGAGUGUGGGGAAAAGAAGGCUCAGAUAAAGAAGAUGGAGACAGGAGUUCAGCAGAUGAUCCAGUUCAGACAGAAGAAGGUGGAGGAGAUCAAACAUUCAAUGGAACUCAGUAGGAUAACUUCUAAGAAAGAGAUGGAAGAUGGUGCACAGAUCUUCACUGCUCUGGUGAAAUCCAUCAAGAGAAGCCAGGCUGAGCUCAAUGAGGGGAUCGAGGAGAAGCAGAAAGCAGCAGAGAGGCGAGCUGAAGGGCUCGUCAAAGAGCUGGAGCAGGAAAUCACUGCGCUAAAGAAGAGAGGCACUGAUUUGGAGCAGCUCUCACACACCGAGGACCACCUCCACCUCCUACAGAUUUUACCAUCGCUGUGCACCACUCCACCCACCAAGGACUGGUCUGAGAUCAGUGUUGACUCUGACAUUUGUGUGGGGAAUGUGAGGAGAGCUCUAUCUCAACUAGAGGACACACUUAAGAAUGAGUUAGAGAKCCUGAAAGAGAAAGAGUUUAAGAGGAUCCAGAAGUAUGCAGUGGACGUGACUUUGGACCCGGACACCGCACACCCCAACAUCGUCCUGUCCUCUGACUACAAGCAGGCACGGCGCGGUGACAUGUUGCAGAUUCUCCCUGACAACCCCCAGCGCUUCGACCCGGUGCUUUGUAUCUUGGGGAAGAGAGGUUUCUCCAUUGGGAGGUUCUACUUUGAGGUUCAGGUGGGGGACAAGACCUACUGGGAUCUGGGCGUGGUCAGAGAGUCCGUCAACAGGAAGGGGAUGAUCACUUCGACCCCAGAGAAUGGCUACUGGACCAUUAGGCUCAGAGGAGGGGAAGAGUACCGGGCCCUUGCAUCCCCCUCCAUUCUCCUCUCCCUGGGGGAGAAACCCCAGAAGGUUGGGGUGUUUGUGGAUUAUGAGGAAGGGUUAGUGUCCUUUUACGAUGUGGAGGCCAAGGCUCAUAUCUAUUCUUUCACUGGAUACUCCUUCACUGAAAGGCUCUAUCCAUUCCUCAGCCCCAGUGUUAGUGAUGAUGGUAAAAACUCAGCCCCAUUGGUCAUCUCCCCUGUCAAUCAUGAAGGUUAGGUUUCUGAUUUGCCUCUAACCAUUCCUCAGUUCCAGUGGGUGCGUUCAGCAGGACACAACGUUUUGGAACUUUCAGAUAGAAAUAUGCAAUGUAGAACACACGUGCCUCUCUGACACGUAGAAUAAUGUUUCACGUCAGCUCUAUUUAUGGCAUUUCGAUCUGCAACAUUCAACAAUGUCUGGCUAUUUAAUGUGGCACACGUGACACAAUACGAAUGCAACCAUAGUAAAAACAUAUUUUAUUUGUAUUUUACCUGGUUGACUGAAAACACAUUCUCAUUUACAACAGUGAGCUGGGGAAUA